AUGGGCAGGCCCGUCCGGGGACGUGUGCGGAGCGCAACGAGCGGAGGCGAGGACGUGUGUACACACGGCGGAAGUGAUUCAGGCGCGGCCCGGUUGCUCAGCGAAGCAAUGUGCCGCUUGCGCAAGCCGAUAGAGAGCGCACGCGAUCUCCCCGGCUGCGAGGUCAGACGAAGACAAUGCUCGCAGUCCUGGCUACACUGGCGCGAAGGUCGCAGCCCGGAGGACAAAUUCGACCCUUUGAGUCCUGGCUUUGAA